AUGUCUGCUCUGAAGGAGUUCCUGACAACUUUUAAGAAAGUUCCGGUCACCAUGAAAGAAAUGUUCCAGAGUAAUCCAAACAGGUUUACGGAAUUCAGUCACGUUCUAAAAUUGGCUCAUGGAAAUAUCCUUUUGGAUUACUCUAAGAACCUUAUUGAUACUGAAUCGUUCAACAAGCUCAUCAAACUGGCAAAAGAUAGUAAUGUGGAGAAAAUGCGCGACGCAAUGUUUUCCGGCGAAAAAAUCAACUUCACAGAAGACCGAGCCGUUUUGCAUGUGGCACUAAGAAAUAGAUCUAAUACUCCGAUAUUUGUGGACGGAAAAGAUGUCAUGCCUGGUGUGAAUGCCGUGUUAGCGCACAUGAAGGAGUUCUGUGAACGUGUUCGCUCGGGCACAUGGAAAGGAUAUACUGGAAAAACUAUCACAGAUGUCGUCAACAUCGGAAUUGGCGGUUCAGACCUGGGACCCGUCAUGGCAACUGAAUGCUUACGUCCGUAUGCUUCUCACAUCAAAGUUCAUUUUGUGUCCAACAUUGAUGGCACUCACAUCGCCGAAACUUUGAAAAAACUAAAUCCGGAGACAACGUUAUUUAUCAUUGCUUCAAAGACCUUCACCACGAUCGAAACUAUGACUAAUUCCGAGUCUGCUAAAGCGUGGUUCCUGGAGCACGCAAAAGAUCCUUCUCAUGUGGCGAAACACUUUGUUGCUUUAUCAACAAAUGCGAAAGAGGUGAAAAAAUUCGGGAUCGCCGAGGAGAACAUGUUUGAAUUCUGGGACUGGGUCGGUGGAAGAUAUUCACUGUGGUCUGCUAUCGGAUUGUCAAUUGCGCUGUAUAUUGGUGACAUUGCUAGUCCGGUUACCCCACCAGACACGUGCAAUGCUACCAUACACUCGACCCUUCACAGACAGCCGGAUGUCGCGACGGCGCCACAAAUGUCUCAAGUUGGCAAAUGCCAACCGAGCCUUUUGUAUACGCGCCGACACUUCAUCUAUGAUGCGUCCACCGGGUGA